AUGUACUCACCGCGGAGUCAAGCAGGCGAAUGUGGUGCCGAUGGGAGAAAGUAUGCGCAAUGGAUGCGUGAGGCAAUGGAAAGUCGAGUUAAAAUGGAGGAACUGAAAGCUCAAAACGACAAGCUUCAACGCGAGAUCUAUGGACUGAACUCAAAGUUGAAUUUGGUGUAUGAAUGCUGUACCGACAUGGGUCUUGUGGAUCGCCUGGGAGACUUGAUGCAGCGCAAGGUGCACGAGUUUCAAGCGGCUCAAAGUGAUGAUGAAGGGUUCAUUUGCGGCUCCAGCGCUUUCCAGGACGUUGCUGCUUACUCGAGCAGCUACAAAGGACAGAUUUCCCGCGGUAAUUUUCAUCGCGUCCGCGUGUUUGAAGCCGAGGAAGCCAAGUUGCGAGAUCAAUUCGACAUCUUCGGCGUUGCGAAGCUGCCACUACAUGCCGACAACCGAACCGGAGACACUAUCGAUAAGCUGCUGAUAUCAGAGGCGGCGAACUCGCCCAGGCAGAGUGCGAGACAACCAGCGAUUCCUGGACCAAACCAGGGAAGACUGUAG